AUUCAAGUGCGACCGAGUGAAUUAUUAGUAAAAAGUUUUGUUGAAUUUUUAUUUUGCUACUUUUUGUACUUAAAACAUUUUAAAUCAGCAAGUAUAAAACAUGGAUUUUUUUCCACACAUAUUUCGAGACCACUUUUGGGCACUCAACUGUCCUGGGCGUGGAGCAGAUCCCGGAAAUCUAGUGGAAAAUAUUACAGAAGAUAUCUUAAAUUCCAUCGCAAUAGCCAAAGCAAUGUUCUGUCCGGAAUAUGACAACAGCAAUCAAGAUGUGAAUAAGAAUUCUGAAGUGCAACAACCUAGUUCCUCUGUGACGAUUGACAAAAAUAAUUACGAAACCAAUCUCGUGGAAAAUAUUACAGAAGAUGUCUUAAACUCCAUCGCAAUAGCUAAAGCGAUGAUCUGUCCAGAAUAUGAGAACAAUAUUCAAGAGGUAAAUAAGAAUUCUGAAGGGCAACAACCUAGUUGCUCUGUUACGAUUGAAAAAAAUAAUUACAAAAACAAUCUAGCGGAAAAUAUUACAGAAGAUGUCUUAAAUUGCAUUGCAAUAGCUAAAGCAAUGUUCUCUCCAGAAUAUGACAACAAUCCAGACGUGAAUAGGAAUUCUGAAGUGCAACAAUCUAGUUCUUCUGUUACAAUUGACAAAAGUAAUCACGAAAACAAUCUAGUGGAAAAUAUUACAGAUGUCUUAAAUUCCAUCGCAAUAGCCAAAGCAAUGUUCUGUCCAGAAUAUGAUAACAACAAUAAAGAUGUGAAUGUGAAUUCUGAAGUGCAACAACCUAGUUGCUCUGUUACAAGUGACAAAAGUAAUCAUGAAAACAAUCUAGUGGAAAAUAUUACAGAAGAUGUCUUAAAUUCCAUCGCAAUAGCCAAAGCAAUGUUCUUUCCAGAAGAUGACAACAACAAUAAAGAUGUGAAUGUGAAUUCUGAAGUGCAACAUCAUAGUUCCUCUGUUACUGUUGACAAAAAUAAAUUUGAAGCCAACUUUGAUGUACAGCAUUUUAAACCUGAAGAAAUCACUGUCAAGGUAAAUGAUGAUAAAUCAGUUACUAUAGAAGCCAAACAUGAAGAAAAACCAGAAGAGUAUGGUGCAAUUUAUAGACAUUUAAUCAGAAAGUAUGUAUUGCCAGACAACUGUGACAUUGAGAGGGUAGAAUCAAGAUUAUCCAGUGAUGGAGUAUUGACAAUCACUGCAGCUAUAAUCAAUGAAAAUUUAGGGGAACAACGAACUAUCCCAAUUACACAGACAGGAGUGCCAGUUCCAUCUCAAGUAAACUCAACAUAAGAAGUGAAAGAGAAAAUAAUAAAUAAAGAUGUAAUAGAAAAUUAGAUUAAAGUUAUAUACAUUUUAUAUCUAUUUUUAAAGUUAUUAUAAAUGUAGUUAUAUUUUAUAAAUAAAUUGUAUUUGAAUUA